AUGUCGAAUUUCAUUGUUGGUACCAAUGACGAAAUCGAUGGGUUCCGAGACUGCAUCACUAGCGAUGAGACGACACCAUCCGACUUUAUGGAUGAGGAGUACUACAUGUUUCGCGACGAAGGAUACGAUAAUGACACCUUGGAGGAUGAAGAGGAAGCGAUCAUGUCGUCUGCUAUACCUAGCAAGGUUGAUCCAUUAGACUUUGUCUACACAAACAUCCCAGACACGACUCACAUCCUGAAGCUCGACGCAAACUGCAAACACUGCAAGGCAAAAAAAAUUGUGUCUGAGACUGACGGCUUCUGCUGUCGCAAUGGCCAGAUCGAACUUAAACAACCUGAGCCAAUCCCAGAGCUGAUGAGGCUAUGGUCAAGCAUGGAUGCAGAUUCUAGACAUUUUCGGGAAAACAUACGCUUCUUCAACGGGCAUUUCACCUUCACAACCCUUGGCGUCAGCCUUGAUGAGAACUACACAAACAUGAAGUCUGGGGUGUACACAUUCCGGGCACACGGCACCAUCUACCACAAUGCGGCCACCAAGCAAUUAGACCAAGAUGUCGUGAAGAAGUUAGUAGACAUACUCAAAGAAAACCCGUACUCCCAGCAAUUUAGGAGUUUGGGUGCACACAAGGACAACCUCGAUGAUUACAGGAUAGACCUAAACACCGAUAAAAGGCUUGACCAAAGAAGAUAUAACAGACCGUUGUCAUCUGAGGUCGCUGCAAUUUGGGUUGAGGGCAACGACCUAGCAAAAAGGGGAGAACUAGGUUGGCAUCCGAAGCUACCUAAACGUAAUGUUCCUUUGGAGGUUGUACUAAAUCCUCAACUGGUCCAUGAUGAUGAUGAGGAUGCAGGGCAACAGCAGGUUGUGCGUCUCUGUCACUACUACUGUUACAUGCUGCAGACACGGUCUGCGAUCUUUAAUCCCAUACUCUGUGGAGCACGCCUCUUGCAGCAAUGGGCCGUCGACAUGUAUGUCAAGAUUGAAAGUUGUCGAUUAAGGUGGUACAGGAAGAACCAGACGCAGAUUCGUGCCGACUUGUAUAAAGGAGUUGUUGAUGCGAUCACAUCGGGGGAGACACGAGCAAGCGCUGUUGGGGUAAGAAUAGUUCUCCCUGAAACAUACCCUGGUGGCGACCGCGACAUGAAGAAGAGGCAUAUGGAUGCCAUGGCAAUUGUACAUACAUACGGGAAGCCUGACAUCUUCUUGACCAUGACUUGCAAUCCAAAAUGGGAGAAUGAGUUGCUGCCUGGUCAGACGGCGCAAGACCGACCUGAUAUUGUGGCUCGCGUGUUCUUUGGCAAACUAGAGGCUAUGAAGGACAUGUUGUUCAAGAAGCACAUCCUGGGUGUUGUUGUCGCAUAUGUAUAUGUUGUCGAGUUUCAAAAAAGGGGCCUCUAUGCCGUCUGCGUCCCAUUUUGCUACAAAUAA